UAUUACGUGCUUCAAUCAAUUCAUCAUGCGUGAGUGUAUUUCCGUGCACGUCGGACAGGCAGGUGUUCAAAUCGGUAACGCUUGCUGGGAGUUGUAUUGUCUCGAACAUGGAAUCCAACCGGACGGGCAAAUGCCUUCGGACAAGACGAUCGGUGGCGGAGACGAUUCUUUCAAUACGUUCUUCAGCGAAACCGGAGCCGGCAAGCACGUACCGCGAGCGGUGUUCGUGGAUUUGGAACCAACGGUGGUGGAUGAGGUGCGCACCGGCACCUACCGCCAGCUUUUCCACCCAGAGCAAUUGAUCACCGGCAAAGAGGAUGCCGCCAACAAUUACGCCCGCGGUCACUACACCAUCGGAAAGGAAAUUGUCGACAUUGUGCUGGACCGUAUCCGCAAGCUGGCUGAUCAAUGCACGGGCCUUCAAGGCUUCCUGAUUUUCCACUCUUUCGGCGGGGGUACCGGUUCCGGUUUUACCUCGUUGCUCAUGGAACGCCUGUCGGUGGACUACGGCAAGAAGUCGAAGCUUGAGUUUGCCAUCUAUCCUGCCCCGCAAGUUUCGACGGCAGUAGUUGAGCCGUACAAUUCGAUCCUCACGACGCACACUACGCUCGAGCACUCGGAUUGUGCUUUUAUGGUGGACAAUGAGGCGAUCUAUGACAUCUGCCGUCGGAACCUAGAUAUUGAGCGACCCACUUACACCAAUCUGAACCGACUGAUAGGGCAGAUCGUGUCAUCAAUUACGGCCUCGCUGCGUUUUGAUGGUGCGCUGAACGUCGAUCUAACCGAAUUCCAGACCAAUCUGGUGCCAUACCCUCGCAUUCACUUCCCGUUGGUUACAUACGCACCCGUCAUUUCGGCCGAGAAGGCUUAUCAUGAGCAGCUGUCGGUGGCCGAAAUUACGAACGCUUGCUUCGAACCGGCCAACCAGAUGGUGAAGUGCGAUCCGCGCCACGGCAAGUACAUGGCCUGCUGCAUGCUGUACCGUGGAGAUGUCGUGCCAAAGGACGUGAAUGCGGCCAUUGCCACCAUUAAAACGAAGCGCACCAUCCAGUUCGUUGAUUGGUGCCCGACCGGGUUCAAGGUGGGCAUCAACUAUCAGCCCCCGACUGUGGUUCCGGGUGGGGAUCUGGCGAAGGUGCAGCGCGCCGUUUGCAUGCUGUCGAACACGACUGCCAUUGCGGAGGCUUGGGCCCGUCUGGACCACAAGUUCGAUCUGAUGUACGCCAAGCGCGCUUUCGUGCACUGGUACGUUGGUGAGGGUAUGGAGGAAGGCGAAUUCUCCGAGGCUCGUGAGGAUCUGGCGGCGCUCGAGAAGGACUACGAGGAAGUCGGCAUGGACUCUGGCGAGGGAGAGGGUGAAGGUGCUGAGGAGUAUUAAUCACGCAGGCUAUUUGCAAACCGACAUCCACCAGAUGCUAUAAGUCGGAAUUCGCGCGUCGGUCCGCGUUGAAAAUGCCUUGGUUUUCUCCAUUUUGAAGCACAAAUUCAAAAUUCCCAGAAGAAGUUGUAUGUGCAUUUUGA